CUGGAGUGUAUGGGUCAGCCACAGCUGAUGCUGCUCUCGCCUCCACACACACGCUAAUCUCCUCCAGCCCACGUGGUUUCACCUAUAAAAAAAAGUUUCCGCGCGAGGCGGCUUUAGUAGCUUGAUUGCACAGGGGAAAGGACAGAGAGCACAACCUCGUUUCCGUCACACGCACAGGCUAUGCACCCGCUACACCGUCAGGGUUUCCUGCUCUUUUAUCAUUCCAAGCGGCGACCUGGACGAAGAGAAGCUGCGAUCCAAGACAGGACGAUAUUUCAGCUCGUAGUACUUUUAGUGACUGAUUUGUGCAGUCGAUCAGCACUCGGACUCUGAUUGCACUCUUUCAUGGUUCUGGGAUGAAUUUUGUCAUGCCGUCAUUAGGAGGAGGAUAUGACAAGCAGAAGGAUGAAAUGGGCUGUGUAGGGUUUGCGUGCACUGAUCUAGCCUGAAGCUGGGUUUGGAUGCUCGAAGUCAAGCCCAUCUCUUCUGACCGGAGUCGCUCCAUCCUUCACAAAAACCAUGACGCACGGAGCUUUCUCUAAGACACCCACUGGAAGUCUGGACUGUCCCUAAUUCAGCUCAUUCUUAAGUGCGAGCUCACAAUAAUAACUUUUCAGUUACUUUUAUGAACACUAUGUUUAAAUAUCUCAUGUGGCUGCACAGCGUCGAUUUACCUGGCACGACGGACCUGUGAAUGCAAAGUAAACCAGUUACCCAAGGCACCCAGUCUGUUUCCUUAAAGACGAUCGCCAGUUGACGCGGUGGGGAGAAGAUGAAGGCGAUCGUGCGGGUGAUGUGUUGUUUAAUGGCUUGCGUGCUGUCAGUGCGGGGCGCCGGGAGCGACACGCACGCGCUGCCCCGGGACUCGUGCGCGUCAUGCGGCCUCAGCCGUCCGAGCGUCCCAGACGCCAUGGACACGGACUUUCUGGAGGCGGUGAAGAGGCACAUACUGAGCAGACUGCAGAUGAGGCAGAGACCUAACAUCACGCACCCGAUCCCGAAGGCAGCCAUGGUCACGGCACUGAGGAAGCUCCACGCCGGGAAGGUGAGGGAGGACGGGAGGUUCGAGAUUCCCAGCUUAGAUGGCCAAGCCGCUUACAGCAACGAGGCGCAGGAGGAGACAUCAGAAAUCAUCAGCUUUGCCGAGUCAGAUGACCUGAGUUCAGUGAAGUCCAGCUUCUAUUUUGUGAUCUCCAAUGAGGGCAGUCAGAACCUGUAUGUGCUGCAGGCCAAUCUAUGGCUGUACUUCAAACUUCUGCCUGGAGGCAUGGAGAAAGGUGUGCGUCGGAAGGUGACAGUGAGGGUGCACUACCAGGAGCCUGGUGGUCAGGAAAAAUGGGUUGAGAAGCGCCUGGAGCUGAAGCGCAGUGGCUGGCACACAUUCCCACUGUCAGAGGCAGUCAGAAUGGCGUUAGGGAAAGGUGGCCGACGGCAGGACUUGGAUGUGCACUGCGAGGGCUGUGAGGUAGCCAAUGUGGCGCCUGUGCUGGUGGACAUAGGUGAUCCCUCUCACCGGCCUUUCCUGGUGGUGCGGGCACGCCAGGCUGAGGGGAAACAUCGUAUCCACAAGCGUGGCCUGGAGUGCGAUGGAAAUCAUGGUGGUCUGUGCUGCAGGCAGCAGUUCUACAUUGACUUUAGGCUGAUAGGCUGGAAUGACUGGAUCAUCGCACCUGCUGGCUACUUUGGCAACUAUUGCGAGGGCAGCUGCCCUGCGUAUAUGGCAGGCGUGCCAGGCUCGGCCUCCUCAUUCCACACAGCUGUGGUCAAUCAGUACCGCAUGCGAGGCAUAAGCCCAGGCUCAGUGAACUCCUGCUGCAUCCCUACCAAGCUCAGCACCAUGUCCAUGCUCUACUUUGACGAUGAGUACAACAUUGUCAAACGGGAUGUUCCUAAUAUGAUUGUGGAGGAAUGCGGCUGUGCCUGAGGCUGGUUAGGGAAUUGUAGACUUUGAAUGUAAUCAAAGGACAUUACAACAGCAGUGACAUAUUUAUGGGCCUGUACCACAGGCAUAUAAAUACAUGUUAUUAUAUGUACACUCUAAAUGCACAAUCACACACCUGUGUGUGCGCAUGGAGCAGUGGUUCGUCAGAUAUAUAACAGGAGUAAUACUGUUACAAUCUACAAACACAAAGACAAUGAAAUGAGAAGGGAACAGAAAUCACCAAACUUUUUUUUCUAGUUGAAAAUAUGAUGUUGACCUUUUUACGCCAGCUGGUUAGAAUGGGACAUUUACCUGCGACAAGCUGGUAUUGCCCACUGCUUUGAGUACUUAGCAACAACCCUUCCAAUACUAGCGAAAGCACUGACAUUACAACGUCCUUUACACUUCAGAACAUCAGCACUUCAAAUACAGUGACAAAUCAUUCCAUAGAGGUGGAGUUUUCAAUAACUAUUUAUAACCUCACCUUGUAUGUUCCUCAAGGCAUUCCCACUACCAUGGCUGAAAUUUUCUGCGGCAUUGUUCCAUGUCAAACGGGUAGGCUAAAUGAAACUGCUAGUGGCCUCUUGGACAACACUGUAACAAAGUGGCUUUUCCUCACCCUGCGCAUGCAUAGUCUAUGUGGCAGACUGCUGAACCAAGACGUGAGGUCCAACAGGUGAAGUGUGAUGUUAUAGCUCUUUGGCUGUGAACUUCAGUGGCUCAUAAAUGCUGUCAGCACCAUGUGCUCUGUGGAGGCAUUAUUACUGACCAGCUGGCAGUACAGCACUUGCAAAAAUGCUCUAAAUGCACAAUUUAAAGCACUUGCCUAUUGAAAUGCCUUCAAAAGGAUUGUCAAGAGGUGCACCUACCCCGAUCCUCACUCGGUCCUAGUCACAUAAAGUGCCGCAUAACCUAUGCAAUGUAUAGUAAUCCUGGUCCAGACCAAGUGUUCUGUUCUGCUAAUCUUUAACUCUUUAUCAAAUACUUGAAAUGUGAUCUUUCGCUUUCUUUCCAAAGCGGAUGAUUGUUCAUAUGUUUGCACUGAAAAGUUGCAGAAAUAAUUAAAAGACAAAAAAACAAAAUGCUAUGGAAAAAAUAUUUUUGUAACAGUCAACUGAAUUUUGUGAAAAUUUGUGUGUACCGUAUAAUGGAACCAAAGAGGCCAAUAUUUUAGUUAUUAUAAUAUGGUGGCAAGGCUAUUACAAUAUUUGUUUAUCUUGUUUAUCCUUUAUAAGAAGCCUAAUCACUGUGUCAGGGUGCAACAUCACAGAUUCCAUUUCAGCUCAUGAUACGUUUUUAUUUUGUACAGCAAACUUUUCAUAUUUAAUUCUCUCAUUUUCUAUGUAAUGACACUUAUUUUUAGCUGUCAGUACAAAGUCAACCAGUUAAACGUCAUUUCUGUACAGUUUAUGUAAAAAUAAAAUAAGCUUUCGUAAAUAUUUUGUAACUUUAAAAUAAAUUCUUACUCUGGA